AUGGCUCUUCCCAAAAAAUCCUUAAAAGAGUUUUGUGUUCCUCCACCAUAUCAAGAAGCAAGUGGGAUUGUUACUCUUGUAAUCAAAGCAAACAAUUUUGAGAUAAGGCCCGCCCUCAUCACCUUGAUAGAGGGUCAUCAAUUCUUUAGGGAAAAGCAUGAGGAUCCCAUUGCGCAUCUUAAGCAAUUCACACGGUAUUGUAGCACUGUGAAGGCAAAAGGGGUGACUCCAGAAUACAUUCUGUUGAGCAUGUUCAUAUUCUCUUUAACGGACAAGACAAGUGAUUGGCUUGAUAGGUUGCCUCCAAACUCAUUAAACACAUGGAAUAAGAGGUUUUUGAGAGCGGACCGCAUGUUGUUGGAUGGAGCAUCGGGAGGACCAAUCAUGAAUAAGCCAACCAUGGAGGCACUAAUGAUCAUAGAGGAUGUAGUUCUAAACUACACUGAUUGGAGCCCCGGUGAGAGAAGCAUUUCCAAGAAAGGAGGAAAGUAUGAGGUAAAUGCUAUUAAUAUGAUUACUUCAAAAUUAGAUGCUUUGUCUUCUAAAUUUGAUCUAUUGCAAUCCUCUUCCAUAUCCCCUUCUCCACAUAAGAAUUUGCAUGCAUCUAGUUCAUCUAAUGAAAAUAUGUCAAUACAAAUGAUAUCUUGUGAUACUUGUGGAAGUGAAGAUCAUGUGACUUUUGAGUGUUAUUUGCCAAAUGAUUUUUUGCUUUCCCUCCCCUUCCAUGGAACAAGUAAAUGCAAUCAAAAAUGUUCAAACUAA